AGCCUUAGUCGAGUUUCAGUGCUACAAAUAGCCGGUCAUUUUCCGCAGGAUCCCGUGAACAAUGGAAACUCUACCUUAUCACCCCCUAUUAGAAGUGAAGCAGGAAGAAAUGAAAAAGACUCGUCAGUUUUACGACUUAGAUGACAUCGAUAGAAUAAACAAGAGCCUGGAGACUAUCGAAGAUUGGUGUAAGAAGGAACCUCAUUUGGCUGAAGGGUUUCAAUAUAUUAGUAAAAAUAUAUUAGAACGCGUGUUCAUUUUAUCAAAAGGCUCUGUAGAAGGUACAAAAAAUAAAAUAGACAAAUUAAUGACGAUGAGAGGUAUGACGCCAGAAUUAAGUUUGAAUAAAUCUAUCGAUGAAUUUGAGAGUCUUUCCGAAACCAUAUUGUACGUGCCAUUACCGAAACUCUGUCCUACAGACCAAUCAAGGAUCAUGGUGACACAAAUAAUAAGCGGCAAAUGGGAUCUCUUUAACUUGUUAUCUUAUUUACGAUAUUGUUUUAUGAUUGGUGAAUACAGAUUGCAUUAUGAUUAUUGUUUAUCGGAGAGAUUCAUAAUAGAUCUCAGUAAUGUAAAUAUUAACUUACUAACGAAGCUUAAUCCAGUCAUAUUGAAGAAGGCAGAAUUAUUAUGUACGGAAGGUUUUGGCACGAAGAUUAAAGGAAUCCAUAUACUAAAUGCUCCUUCGUUUGUAGAUAAAUUCGUUUUUAUAAUCAAACAAGGUCUUAAAGAGAAAGUGGCUAAUAGACUUCAUGUUCACAAUACGUAUGAAGAGUUGCACAAAGAAAUUCCAAAAGAAGUUCUUCCUAAAGAUUUUGAUGGUGAUGGUCCGAGUUGCGCUAAGCUGGCAGAACAAUGGAGGGACAUCCUAAAGACAGAAGAAUCGAGAAAAAUCAUUGAUAAAUAUAAUAAAUUGGUGUCGGAUGAAUCGAAACGAAGCUCAGUCAAAUUCAAUGAAGAAUAUAUGGGCAUGCCUGGUUCGUUUAGGAGAUUGGACGUCGACUGAAUCAUUUAUUUUAUUACAUAUCCGAUUGUCUAUCUUUUA